UAGCUUUUUUCUUUCGUGGACGAUACAUCAACCCUCUGGUAAGAUCUUGGCUUCGAAAAGAAAGAACUCCGUCACAUCUCCAAUUUCCCGCUCGGUCCGGGUCUGCGAUUGUUUAUGGCAAUCGGUGGCCUGGUAUCAUCGGCGGCGCACUUAACCACCCACUCAGACUUUGUGCCGGACCCUAGGGUGGGACCUGCCAUCCGAUCUUGCAAGUUUCCCUAAUCGUCGUUCUGCUCACCAUGCCGUUGCUAGCCAAAGGUCCGGCUAAAGAUGCUCAUGAGCGGGCUUUGGUCCAAGGUUUGGCCGAGGAGUGGGAGACCAUGAGGAUGGCCGACUUGCGGAUUGUUUGCGCCGAUGGAACCAUGUCCGGCCAUCGCCUGGUCCUGGCCACGUUGAGUGGUCUCCUCAAGCGCGCUUUAGAGGGUCUGGUUGAGGCGGGUGUGGAGGAUCCCGUCAUUUUGGCGCCCGAUGCUGAUAUCGAGAGCUUAAAAGAUUUCCUGUCCCACAUCUACAAAGGCCAAGGCCACUACGGCGAGGUCGAAAUCCCCGAGAGUCUCAAGCACUUGGGAUUCACACGCCAUCUCUCUCCAGCUAGCCGAACCCCGUUGCUUGCCAAGAAAGAGGCCAUCGAAGACGAGAUUGGCGAGUCCAUGUCCCUGUUUGAUGGGUUUGACGAUGAUGCCCCGGAGCCCAUCUUCCCCGAGACUCGACCUUACAAAAAAGAGCGAGGAGACGGUGAUGAGGAUGAAGACUCGGAUGCGGACUUCGAGGUCACAGACGAUCGGGAUGAGCUUGGCGAUGAGGAUGAUGACGACGACGAGGAAUUUGAGGUGCCUGACGAAGCUGAUGACGAGGAUUAUCGACCGACGUAUCCCUUACCCAAGAAGAAGAAACUUGUGCUAAACAAACCGAGAAUGAAACCGGCCAUGAAGUCCGUUCGACAUGAAGCUAAAACGGGCAAGCGACAAAUGGUUUGGAAAUACUUUCAUGUGAUCGAUGCGGACAAUGCUAGUUGUUUGGAAUGCAAGAUGGUCAUUCGAACCGAAACGGGCAGUAUCACGGGCUUAACCCGCCAUCUUCGUUAUGUUCAUCCCAAUCUAUUUGAAAGACUCAAUCAAGACAAGGCCAACUUGGACGAUGCCCCGAAAGAGGCGGUGGAAGGCCUUGCCGUGGUAAAAGAAGAAAGUGAUGACCCGUCAGCGGUGGGUGUUCAAAUUCCCUCGACUAAACAAGCCAUCGACAUCUGGGGUAAUGGCCCGGACCAGAAACCCCCCGUUCUCCCCAAUCCCUCGAGUACAAUAGGCCUGUCAGGCAGUGUUCCACCUAUCGUCAAGCCCGUUCAGGCCUGCAAUAAAUGCGGAGAGCCCAUCACCUGGCGAUCCAACAGUAUCACGAGCAUUAAGAAUCAUCUUCAAAAGUGCCAACCAGAAAAAUAUGCGGCCAUUUUUUUGAAAGGCACCACCAAAGGAGGGAGUAGUUCCAAUCAAUCGGCCAAGGCUCCCAAAUCAUCGACCAAAAAACUGCUUCCGCCCAAACGGAUUCUUAAAACCAGUCGACCCAACGUCAAUGUUCCCGCCUCGGCGCGAACCUGUCCCGAGUGUAAGAGGGUGUUUUCUUCGCGGCAAACUAUGCUGUACCACAAAAAAGUGGUCCACUCAGGCAUCCGACCCUAUCGAUGCAAAGAUUGCGGCAAGACAUUUGCUCGAGCUGACAGUUUUAAAACGCACGCCCACACCGAAGAGCGGUCGUUCUUGUGCUCCGUGUGCGGCAAGACUUUCGCUCGAAGAAAUAUCAGAGACAUUCAUGAGCGUGCUCAUUACGGCGAUAAGCGAUACCCGUGCUCGUUUUGUGACAAAAAGUUCAUGACCAAUCAACAAAAGAAGAAUCACGAGAGGACACAUACGGGAGAAAGGCCCUACCAAUGCACAGAAUGCGGGCGGCAAUUCGCCCAACGGCAUCAACUCUCCACGCACAUGAGGAUCCAUACAGGAGAGAAACCUUAUGGUUGCCUUUACUGUACCGAGAAGUUUCGCCAUUUGUCAACUCGAAACAGUCACAAAUGCGAAGGGAAACGCGCUCAUGAUGCGGUUCGUAGUAUCACAGCUCAACAACAACAGCAGCAACAAGAAACACCUCAGCAACAUUUGCCCACGAACGAAAUGUUCAUUAUUCAUGAACAAAUUCAAUAAGAAAGAAAUAAUUAUUCAUGUUGUUAAACAAA